UUAGCAUAGCUAGCACAUGUAAUCGUAAUUUCAAUUUCUUUGUGUUUUCAACUACUUGAGAUGCCUCACCUCCCACUUUCUCACCAAGAUACCAGGUCCUUUUGUUUUAAAUUGUGAUGUCUAGACCUCUUAACCUCCCACCUGGAUACAAAACCCUGCAGGAUACGCCAGGUGUGAAACACACCCUAGGGGGCGGUGCCAAUACCUGCAGCAGACAAAAGGGUGUGAAACACACCUUAGGCUUUAGGCUUUCAAAUGCUCGGGGUCUUUCUUCAUUCUGACUGCUCAUGUGUUGAUUGACCUUUUCUUUGCAAAGAAAAUAAAAACCUUGUCGGCCGGCGGAAGUCUCUAUUUCGUUCUUCACAAGCAGCCGAAAAUUUCCACAACACACACUAGCCAGCUGAAAAGUCGUCUAUUUCCACAUUGAAAUGUUGAUUAAAAAUAUUUCCGUCUGUUGGUACUUUGUUGAGGGUUAACGUCAGAAGGGAUGGUCCAGAGGGACAGGUCCGCCUGUCUAGAGGACGGGACAUGAAACCCUUGGGGAAAAAAGCCCCCAAGCAGCCUCCAUCAAACCCCACUGACCCAGGUUGUGUUCUGCUCCUCCACUAGAAGAACCAGAGGGAGGGUGGGAUGUCAGCAAGGUCUGUUGGCUUUCCUCCAGUGUCCACACACCCCAUGGAUUUAGAGUCAGAGACUUGAGUAUUUUUCUUUGGGGGGUUUCGUGCCCCUGCCCCUGGAUUAUCCAUUCUAUCCAUUGUUCCGUACGUGUUUCUGCAGCAACAUGCUCUGCCCCCAAAAUGGUGUUUACCAGGUGUAAUGGCCAAAUGAGCAGCGUGCUAGCUACCUAACGUUAGCUGCCACCAGUCCAAGGUGGUGCACACUGCAGAGCAGCCAAGGAAUCGGAGGGUGGGCAGUGGGCACCAUGUUUCUACAUGUUAAUGCGGCUAUGUGUCUGUCUGUCAGCAAAGCCAAGAAAAAUUCAAAUAAAAGGCAAAACAUUUACAUCAUAAAACGUUAAAUGUCUCCACCGCUAAAAGGACAGAGCUUUGAAAUGUAGCGACAGAACUCACUGAGUGAAUGAAGCGCCAGAGUAAAAGGAAUGGCCUUUUGUGUUAAUGUUGUUUUUUUUCUUAAAAAUGAACCGUUUAGACCUAUUGGAAGCAAAGUUAACCAAAGCUGACGUCCUUAUCCUGUCGGAAAACAAUGGUUCAGGUGUCCAGGGCUGAAAUCAGGUCUAAUCUAAAACCUUGACACCAAGUGUGUUCACUCUGAUAGUUCCAAGUUUUCCAGGCAGUCAGUUUUACUGUCUUGAUAAAUGAUUGAGUAACAGAGCCGCAUUCGUCGGUAACCUGCUUUGAUGACAAGCUGCUUAAAGAGGCGAGCAGGGCGUAGAUUCAGACCUGAGGAGCCCAGCUGCAGCACAGUACAGUCUAUUGGAACCAGUGAGUCUUUGGCAUCAUGGGGGUCGCUCGUGGACUGCAGUGUCUGACGCUGAUCUACGUCCUGCUUUGCUGUGAAUCUUUUCCUUUUAAGAAAAUGGAGUUUUUGAUCUGGCACACCUGGGACAGCGACCCUGUGACUCAUGACCCCAUCAGGAUCAACUUCUCUCCGGGACAAGGAGGGCUGAAGAUCGAGAUGUUUGGUCCCUUCUUCAAUGACCCAGCAGCUCCUGCAGGGCCGCCCAGUCAGCCCUUCCCUGGACUCUGGGACUAUGAAGUUGUGGAGUGCUUCUUCCUCGACAGCACAAAAGAAAAUUACCUGGAAGUGGAGUUUUGUCCACAUGGGCAGCACCUGAUAUUACUGCUGUCAGGAGUCGGCCAAGCAUUCGUGCAACAACUGCCCAUGGUGUUUAAUGCCACGAUCAAAGGGGACGUAUGGAUGGGUGAGGCUCUCGUCCCCUGGGGGUACUUCCCUCCCAACAUCAACAAGAUGAACUCCUACGCCAUCCACGGCUCAGGAGAGAAGCGCACAUAUGAGGCGCUCUACCCUGUCCCCAAGGAAGACCUCGUGGAAGGCCAACAACCCAACUUCCACCGCCUGGAGUAUUUCAAAGACUUCAGCCUGCAAAGCAUCAUGGGAGAAGACUGGGUCCAGCCGGAGUCUGGUCUUUGGGCUGGAAAAUCCUGAACUUCCUUUGCACACAGACGAGGAACAGAGGCCGAUCAAUCUUUGUUAGUUAAUGAAGCCAAACAAUAAGAUGGGAAAUAUUUUGACAGCGUGUCAGAGCCCUCACACACUUCUGUACAGUCACACACACACCACACAUAAUUGAACGUCACCUUCGUUUGCCUCAGCAGAGUGUGAUGAAUUUUGAAUCAGUGCUGCUCUGUGUCACCUUUUUUAUUGAUUUCCUUUUACAAUUAAACUUGUUUAUAUAUUGA